CGACAAGUGUAUUUAUGUUCAUUUUUGAGAACGACUGUGACUGUGAAAAGAGGAACAGUUAAUGGGUGGUGCUGUUUAUAGCCUCAGCAGAACAAGAAGUUGAGGGUGUCAAAAAAGAAAAAAACUACUCGAAGCGUUGCAUUAAUAGUUUGAACAAUGGUAAAGGGGAAUACUCUCGAUCUUGUCCACUGAAUAACAGCUCUAAAACGGUGUUAAGCUUGACACAGAAAACGCCAAAUUAGGAGGAAAAACCAUCUGACAUGUCCAGCCACGUGGGAAUCUCUGAAUCAACAGAUAUGACCUGCAGACCUAAUCCAGAUUCUCAGAGCGAACUGGCGCCGGCUCAGAAUGGGGACGGAUUUAGAAGCGAUACAUCAACGAGGGCCUCUCACGACUCACCCAGAGACAAAUCGUCAGGGGACCGCAAUGCCACACUGGAACAGCGUGCGUCCAACGCCGCUACCGCAGCAAUACCCACUCCGCUUCCAGCUUCAGUGCGCAGAUACAGACUGCAGAAGCAACAGGAGACAAGCGAACUGUAUAGUGGCAGUGGCACAAUCAACUGUCCUGGGGUUCCAAGAAAACUGUCUGCCCAGGCACCUGAGAAGGGGUCAAUGACCUCAGGCAUGCGGAAAAAAUAUUUAAAGGAACUGUUGUUGACUAAAACCGGCCUCAGUAGCUUAUCACUGUCUUUUGACAGCGCUGGCGCAUAUUCCAAGGACCUUGGCAGCGAUGGGAUUCCGUCAGCUUCAGAAGAAAGUGCUAAUUUCCCCGCAUUUUGGGCUUUGGAUCCGACAGAACACGCUUGGAUGCUCGCUGUCGUGGAUGGCAAUUUUGACAUAAUUGUGGAUUAUCUGUCGACGGAUUCCAGUUUGCUGACCAAAAAAGAUUUUGUUACUGGUUUCACAGUUCUUCACUGGUUGGCAAAAUAUGGAAAACACAAUACUCUGAUAAAGCUGUUAAAGCAUGUGGAAAAUGAGGGAUUCGCAGUGGAUGUUAACAUAAAGGCCAGUGGAGGUUACACGCCGCUUCAUGUUGCGGUAAUGCAUGGUCAGUAUAUGGUAGUUAAGCUUCUGGUGGGUGCGUUUUGCGCAAGUGUGGACGCUAUGGACUAUAGUGGACGGAGAGCGUGGCAGUACCUCCGGACAAAUGCGUCGGCUGAGAUAAAGGAGCUACUUGGGGCUAUGGACGGUGAGGGCGGAAGAGCUCUUGGAUAUAAAAACGCAAAUAACAACUGCGUUGCUACGGCGCGUUACCUCCAAGAGGUACCAAACGGAGAAGAGGACUCACCUGUUACAAGAAACCAACUUUGUGGGCUUGUGAGAAAAUUUAUUGCAUCCUUUAUGGGAUAUUGAACAUAAUAAAGAGAGAAACUUAGAGGAUACUGACCCCUAAUAACCUGCUAAAGGGAAAAUCCGCAAUGUUGAUGUUCUUUUAGUAUCGAUUCAGUGUCAUUUGUUUCCGCUGGGGAUGCAUCACUACUCGUAGAAGGACGAUACAUGAUGUCCAAUGCUUUUUUUUUUUAGCUGCGUAAAAUAGGAGUACCGCAAUCAUUUUCUGUCAUUUAAACGCCAAAAAACAUUUUGGUUUGAGUGAGAUUAUUUUGGGAUACAUAUGGAAUAUUUGAAGAAUUGAACAGAUUCAACAGAAAAAAGCACAUUUGGUAAUACGUUAUGUUUUGUAAUCUUCUCAAAAAAGAAAGAGGAACACCAUUUCCUCAAGUCAUGCUGAUGUGGAAGAACUACGUACAGAUUAUUUAUUUUAGGCUAUGUCUAAUUAAUGUGAAAUUAGUGAUAGUGAACAUCAACAGUUAAACACAUGAAAACAACUUAACCUUUUGAAAGUUUAACUAGCGAUUCUGCACAACAAUUUUCGAUUUAUUUUUGUUUUAGGACCAUUAUUGUUCACCUCGCAAGGAGAGCUGUAGGAAUAGACAGAAUUGACCCUACUGCACCUGGUACCUCUUACUUUGUUAAUAAACACAUAAAAGACCCAGCUUGAAGGCCUUUGGAUAAAAUUUAUUUUCUUUGAUUCUGUUUUUAUACCACUUUUCCUAAGGUACAAGUAACUGAGCUACCCACAUGUAGGCUUUACCCAAUCAUGGUGAUGAAUAUAUGUGAUGAGCCUGAUUGUGUUCUUCCAGUCUUUUUAGGGGGUCAAGCACCGAAGGUGUGAGACACCCUAUUGUCUUUCUUGGUCUUAUAAUAAUAAUAAUAAUAAUAAUUAAUAAAUAAAUAAACAAUUAUUGUUGAA